UCCCUAAACCCUAGUUGCUUGUAGAGACUGAGAGAGUAGCCGCUGAACCAAACAUGGUGUCGGGUUCUGGAAUCUGCGCGAAGCGCGUCGUCAUUGACGCAAGGCACCACAUGCUCGGGAGGCUGGCUUCGAUUGUGGCCAAGGAGCUUCUCAAUGGCCAGAAGGUGGUCCUCGUCCGAUGUGAAGAAAUUUGCAUCUCUGGAGGAUUGGUUCGCCAGAAAAUGAAGUACAUGAGGUUCUUGAGGAAGCGUAUGAAUACGAAGCCCUCUCAUGGCCCUAUUCACUUCCGUGCUCCUGCCAAGAUCAUAUGGCGAACAAUCCGUGGGAUGAUCCCACACAAGACAAAGCGUGGAGCUGCAGCUCUUGCUCGUUUGAAGGCAUAUGAAGGUGUUCCUCCUCCCUAUGAUAAGAUGAAGAGGAUGGUCAUCCCCGACGCUCUCAAGGUUUUGAGACUUCAAGCUGGACACAAAUACUGCUUGUUGGGCAGACUCUCAUCAGAAGUGGGAUGGAAUCACUAUGACACUAUCAAGGAGCUUGAAAGGAAGAGGAAGGAGAGGGCUCAAGCAGCAUACGAGAAGAAGAAGCAGUUGACUAAGUUAAGGGUCAAAGCUGAGAAGGUUGCAGAUGAGAAGCUCGGUCUCCAGUUGCAAGUAAUAGCCCCAAUUAAAUACUAGUUUGUUGCGAGGUUGUGUUUAGUUGAGAAUGCCUAAUGUUAUGGGAGAAUGGAGUUGCAGUUGAAUUUGCAUUUUGCAUUUUCUUUUUCAGUACCAUUUUGUUUUCCUUUCCUUUUUCUUCGGAUUUUGAAAUUAGUUAAAUUUUGGGGAAUCACUUGUUAUUCCUUAUUCUACCUACUGCAAUGGAUUUCGUCCUC